UGGAUGACGUGUAUAUGUGGGUCCUUCAAACUUCCGGGUUUAGGUAAAUAGGUAUUUAACGGAGUCGGCUCGCCUUAAAGAUGUCCAAAGUAACGUUUAAAAUCACCCUCACGUCGGACCCCCGGCUGCCAUACAAAGUAUUUAGUGUCCCAGAAAGUACGCCAUUCACAGCAGUUUUGAAGUUCGCAGCUGAGGAGUUCAAAGUGCCGUCAGCUACCAGUGCAAUAAUAACAAACGAUGGAAUAGGAAUCAACCCUGCCCAGACUGCAGGGAAUGUGUUUCUAAAGCACGGCUCAGAGCUUCGCCUCAUUCCCAGAGACAGAGUGGGAGAACAAAGAGACCGACUUGUGCUGCUUUCCUCCUGUUGAUGGCAUAAUGACUCACGCAGCCGAAUCAUACAACACAACGAUCCAGGAAACACCUCGCAGCAUGUGUCGAGUUUAUUUUCUGGCCCACAACUGACAGUGACUCACAUGGAAACACACGUGUUCAAAUGUAUUGGUGACGCAGUCGCAACGCUUCCUGCAUCUUUGAGUUCACAAGUUUGGAGCGACGUUGAGACGGAAACCCAGAGAGUUAUAAAUCUAGACAAACGUAGCAUCUGCAGAAUUAGCCAGGAUUAACAGCUGAAACAACGGUAACUUUUUUUUGUAUGUUGUCACAUCGUAAUAAACAGUUAGUGGAACACACAGAAAAUCCUAUAUUUCUUUUAGUUUUUGUUUUCUGAAUUGCUUUGUAAACAUAAAAACAUGAACUUUUUAUUUAAU